AUGGACCCUGUUCUCGCAGAAAGCAAACUCGUCUAUCAUGGACUUCAGAUGACAUCAAUUGAGACUGGUGGAACAGGUGUUAAUUCGGGAAAGGCUCAAAUCGAUCAAAUUAAGUCGCUGGUCAGGACCUUUCUUGAGAAUAUCAACUUCGAUCGCAGCAUUGUCGUGAUUAAAGACCAUGAGAUGAGAAACGCUGUUUGGCAGUACUUCAAAAGUCUGGAUCUAGGAGAGAAGAUUGAGAAAUCGGUCCAACAAACGCUUGAUCCUUCGGUGAACUUUGCAUAUAUGGGUUAUACGUCUCUUCCAUUCCAGGUGAGGGUGCUAUCUGCCAUUCAGUUCCUCUAUAUGUUUUUACUGGAUGAUGUGGCGGAGGGAUUUAUGGGCGAUCUUCAAGCAUUUGGUCAAAACUUUACUCUGAAUCAACGUCACAGCCAUCCUAUGCUUGCUGGGUUGGAUUCCCACCUUCGCAACUUCUCGCAUUAUUAUGGUCCAUACUGCCACUCUGUAAUAAUUAAAGCCAUGCUUGAUUAUAUCAAUGGCCGUAUCAUUGAGCAUAAGAUCAAACAGUCCAGCUUCAAGUUCUCCCCCGAGUCCCGUCUCAUGCUUAUGUUCUUGAGGACCAAGGUCGGGGGUGCAGAGAUCAUGGUCCAUUUGCUAUAUCCCAAUUCCAUCUUCCCCGAAGAGGAAUACAUGAUGCAAUACUUCCCUAUCACCCUGGAACUUGUGCUCUUCAUUGAUUUUACUAAUGACAUAUUGUCAUAUUACAAAGAAUUCUGUCUCGACGAUGAAACGGGCAAUUUCGUGGCGAAUUUCGCCAACACGCAUCAUGUCCAGCAUUUGGAUGUCUUGCGAUACCUCACGAGCUAUACUCCUACUGUUACAAAGUCGGCUUAUAAAUUCCUUCAGAGUAGCCCAUCGCUACUCGCCUUGGUUAGAAAUUUCACCUAG